AGGUUCCGAGUCCCCGGUGCACGCCGUUGGACGAGGCGAGUGGCAAUAGAGGGAAGGCACAGACAAAGUGGCAUCCGCCCCGGUCAAUGCACCAAACAGAGAGUAAGAGGGAUGGGAUCCGCCAUGGUGGAGAACCAGAGGACUCGUCGUUUCAGGUCGGGAGUAAGAGGAAGGGGUUCCGCCAUGGUGGAAAACCAGAGCACUCGUCGUUUCAGGUCUCUCAUCUAAUGUGCUUCUCCUCCCAUUGGUAGAGGACGAUUGAGAUGAGGUGGUCAUACUUAAGAUUUAAGGCUCUAAUCAGGUCCUCCAGAAGUGUCCGCCGCUACCACCACCAUCCCCGCUGCCGACCCCUUUGCCCAGAUGAGAGAACCGGCUCUUUUCUUCCUUCCUUUCGUACUACAGGCCCAUACCGGACCGACCUUCCCCCUCUGUCCACUGCCAACCGCGCGGUCACCGUUCGCUGUUGUUGUAGCGGCGGCGACGGGGAGGAACUUACUCUGAAGACGGCGAAGGCAGGUCGGCGGGGAAAGGGCAAAAACAGUGGCACCGUUGACAUGAUAUCAGAGCUGGUUGUUGAAUUGGUUGCCGCCGCCGUGGGUUCAGAACCUGAGGCCGCCGCCGGCAGGGUGAAGGAGAUCUUGGAGGCGGAGCUGCAGAUAUUCGUGGCGUCUGAUCGAGACUUUUCUGUUCGGCUCCUGAAUCGCCUGGAACGUUGGCCUGAGUUGGCACUGCGGGUUUUUAAUUGGAAACGUCAGCGGAUAGAUGAUGGUGUCUCAAUAGCUAUUGAGGAGUACUCCAAGGCUAUGUCAAUUGCGGGAAGGCUUAAGCAGCUUGAUCUUGCCCAUGAGCUAUUUACAGAGGCAUGUUCCAGAGGAAUACAAACAACUUCAACUUAUAAUGGGCUUAUGACGGCUUAUAUGUAUAAUGGACUAACCAAAAAGGUUCUAUCCAUAUUUGAGGAUCUGAAAACACAUCCACAUUGUAGUCCAAACAUAGUGACUUACAAUAUCCUUUUAUCAGUUUUUGGACGAUCUAUGCUUGUUGAUCACAUGGAAAUGGUCUAUGGGGUGAUAUUGGAAUCAAAUUUGACCCCAAACGUGAGUACAUAUAAUACUCUUAUUGCUGGUUAUAUCACAGCUUGGAUGUGGAAGGAUAUGGAGAAAAUUUUUGAGCAGAUGUCCGCGGGCAACGUAAAGCCUGACACUGAUACAUACUUGUUGCUGCUUAGAGGUUAUGCACACUGGGGAAGACUUGACAAAAUGGAAGAGAUGUACGAAUUGGUGAAGGAUCAUGUAAACAAGAGAGAGUUGCCUCUCAUAAGAGCAAUGGUGUGUGCCUAUUGUAAGAGUUCUGAUUUCAAUAGAGUUAGGAAGAUUGAGGAGCUCAUGAAACUUUUACCACAAAAUGAACACAGGGCUUGGUUGGAUGUCUUGCUGAUUAGGGUCUACGCUCAAGAGGACCUGGUGGAGGGAAUGGAAAAUUCUAUAUCAAGAGCUUUUAAGCAGAAUACAGUGGUUGUAACGGCCAGUGUAAUGCGAUCAAUUAUAUCAAGUUAUUUUAGAUGUAAUGCAGUGGAUAAUCUCAGUUCAUUUGUGAAGCAAGCAGAGUCUGCAGGAUGGAAACUUUGCAGAUCAAUCUACCACUGCUUGAUGGUUAUGUAUGGUGCACAAUGUCGUCUUGCCGAAAUGGAGAAUGUUCUGGAUGAGAUGAAGACCUACAACUUUAGUCCAACAAAAAAAACAUUCUUAAUACUGUAUAAGGUUUAUGCUAAAUAUGGCAAAAGAAAUGAAAUGGAAAGACUACUGACGAUAAUGUGCAAAGCAGGUUUUGGUAUUCCAUUGGAUGCGUUAUCAUUCUUUUCAUAGUGAAUUUCUUCUAUUGAAUGAGAAAUAUCAUUGCAAUAAAGCUUGGGAAGCCUUGAUGUUGUCAUGCUUCUGCACCAAAUGAGUAUACUGUAUUCUUCAACAUUUACAGAUUGGUGUGGUAUGCUUUACUAUAGAAGUUUUCAUGGUUCGGAGGGGAAGAACUAUUGGCUUCGCAGGUAUGGAGAUGAGGAUGAAGAAUAGGAACGGGAAGGAGAAGCAGAGGGUGAAUCAUGGCUUUCUGCCUUUUUUUCCUUUUUGUAAUUCAGAAGGAAUUCACUUCAUGGUCCCUGUUUGGAGUGAAUCUUGGAAACAUUAUUAAUGUUGCCUUAUUUUUUGUGGGAAUGUAAAAAUGUGUUUUCGUUUCCUAAUCAAA